AUGGGGGUGGGGGGGUUUAGUGUUUUGGGGGUUGUGGGUUGGGGAGUAGAUGAGGUGGUUGGGUUUGGGGGAUUGGGGGGGUUUUUUGUGUUUGGUGGUUUGUGUGGAAUGGUGUUGGAUAAAUGGUUUGGUUGGUUGGUGGGGAUAUUAUGGGGUUUUGUGAUGAUUGUGGGGUGGGUUUUGUUUGUGUUGGUUGUGUUGUGUAUGGGGGUAGUUUUGUUUUGUGUGGUUGGGUGUUUGUGGUUUUGUUGGGGUUUUGGGUUGGAGGUUAGUUGGGGUUUGGUUGGGUAG